CUUCCGGUAAAUCUACUAUCCAAGAGGUUUAACCUCUUGUUCAAAUCAUUCGUAAAGUAGACUAGAUUCUACAAAGGGCAACACAAGAGCUGGUUUUAUCGUGCAUAUAAUUUGAGAACGGUCAAUAAGAAGGAUGGAAGGAGGCUUGGAUUUGUCUGACAUCGGAAACUCAAUUUCAAACUUACUAUUUGCUACUCGAACCAGUGAAGUAAAACCAACAUCACCUAAUUACCAGCUGAAUUUCGCGGUGCAUUGCCUGCCUGCAAUCAUUUUGUUGUGCCUGCUUUACAGAUUUAAAGUGUUGCAAAGGCUAAAAGAUUGGUUUUCCAAUAAAAAAAAUCAAAAUCAAGGAAGUGCUGGUGGUAACGUUCCUGAAAGGUGCUCGGAUGCUCCACUUCUUGAUAGGUUGACUCAGAGAUCUUCCAGUCACACCACAAAUGGACCCAAUCAUUCCCAACAUACUAAUGAACCCACAUUUGCUGUAACUACAAGCCUUUCCGAGCAAAUAGAGAGAGUAAGCAAUAUUAAGAGAUCAAACACAGAGCCGUUCCGUUCUAGUAUGUCACUGCAGGCUCUCCCAACCAAGCAAGCUCCUGAAGUGUUUACCUCUCCCGCUAGUACUAUGUGGUCGACGAUCGAAGGCUCUUCACUGCAUAUAGUACACUCGACCAAAGGGGAGCUGUGCUUAAUGGGCGAAAAAAAAGAGCAAAAAAAGGAGAAUUUCACCAAUCGAAAGACUGACAACUUUUUGUAUUUAAGCAUGGAAAAGCAAGCAUACUCUAACGAACGCAUUAAAGAUCAAAACCAAAUUAAAAAUGUAGAGCAACCUAUUACAGCAAUGCGCAGUAUAUUUUCAAAAUCCCAAAAAAGAUUUGCUUCAAAAGAUCUCUUUGAAAAGAGUGGAGAUGAAUCAGAAUUUCUCUUGGUAGAUAUGUUUAAAGCAACUAAUUCAUCUUUAAAUCGUGAAAUCCCUGUUGUCAGGAAUGCGUUAGUUAAACCAGAUGAUCAUGACAAUACAAUUGUGCCUUGUGAAAAAACUAAAGGAACAAAAAAGAAAGAGACUGGAAAUGAAUACACAUCGUCGAGAACUACCAGAACAAAAAAAAGAACAAGAAAGAUAAAAAAAAAAGCUGAUAUGAAAUCCCCAGUCGAUAAAUUUCAUCCAGAAACCCAAGACAUUCUAAACGCCGAAAGGUCCUUUUCUCCGGCACGGUCAGCGUUCACACAUAUUCAAUUACAGCAGGGAAAAAUAGUUACAAAGAUACCAUCUUUAAGAAACGGAAUAUUGCAAUAUGAAGAUAUCAAUAAAAUGCCGCUCAGCAGGACAAAUACAAAAAAGACAAACAAAGAAAAGAGCAGCCAACAUUUAGAAAGCUUCAGCGUUGAACUGGGUGCUGCUGGGGUGUAUAGCAAGAAAGACAGAGUUGAGGAACUUAAAAAAGUUAUACAAGACUGUGUUAUUGCUGGUUGUACCAAUACACGAUCACUGCUAGAAGAUAAUACAAAGACUUCUAAAAUGAACGGUAAAGAAAGCACGCAUACUAAUAAAAUCAAAGUUAAAGAUCAUUCGCAUCAAAGUGAUCCAAACGCUCUUUUUUUAAAACCAAAAAGACUUACGACCUCAAGAAGAGAUGCUAGUUAUCAAAACACUAAAAAGAAAGAAGAAGAAAAUGUAACUGAAAAUAUUAAUAAACCAAGUGAUACAACAAUGUUAAAUGAGGUCUCUGAAACGGGUUCUAAUGGCGUACUUGAUUAUCAUAAAACCUUGCGGUAUGCCUUGGAACAUAAAAACGUUUGUCAUGGAGGGAACAUGCCGCGAGGUGUAAAGAGACCAUAUAAGUCAAUGGGGACAUUGAACCUGUCCAGACACGAAGAGAGCAUCCACAUGGUAGAAUCGCUCUUAUCUUUGUAUCAACAUGACCCAGUGCAUGCCCUUCAUGAUCAAAGAGAGAUGACAAGUUUGAGCUUACAGAAGACAUUCAAUGAAGAUUAUGUAGUCUCAACAGCUGAAAGACAAAAUGAUCUUCAUUUUGGUACAUGGGAAAAAGGGCUUUUGUUCACAAGCCGAUUUUCAAAGAUUCCCCUUCGUUGUAAAGAUUUUCAAGCCAGAAAAGCCAGCCAAAUGGCAAUGCUUGACGAACAAAAGAAAAAUAGAGAGAAUGUGUCCGAAAUUUCCAAUUUAAAAUGUAAAAUACCUACAAAUAAGUUAAGCUAUCUACCUCCAACAUACACUUUAUCGUCAGACACGUCUGUCCACAAAAGCUGUGGGAUCCAACACCAGGCGCCAGAGUUGAUAAGCAAAAGACAGACAGCCGAUGUGUUUCCAAAGUUGUCUUCAUUUUUAAACAAUAUAGAAAAGGCUGAAAAAAAACGACAAGAAACUGUAAAAGCCAAAUCCAAUAUCGACAAUCAUACGUGUCAUUUAUUAGAAAACGACUAUAUUUUCAAAGCUAAUGCUUCAAAAUCCUAUACAGUUUAUGACGAGGCCAGCCCAAGUUCACAUUUUCAAGCUAAAGGUAUUAAUCAAAAAGACUCUAUCAACCCGUCUAUCACCCUAUCAUCAAAAGAAGUGACUCAUAGUUAUAUUAUUGGAACUGGAAUUAAAAAUUCAAAUGUUCCACCAGUAACUGCAGGCAAAAUACUGAACCAUCUCAUUAGCCAACCUGAUUCUAAAGAUAGCACCCAGGUUUUGAAGAUGCAACCAAGUAUCGAUAGUUCAAAAAGAGAGAAAGAAAAAAAGGAGAAAGUAGAGGAGGUAAAAAACAAUGUUCAACGGGAAUUUACGAAAUACAAUUUAGGGCUAUCUAACCAUAAACUUUGCUCUUCUAAUAAACCAGAUGUUGCUAAAAACAAGGUCAAAAGAUAUAAUUUAGUUCAAAAGGCAGAUGUAAGGAGAUGGAAAAAAGGAGUUUUAAAAAACAUGAAGCGCGAUCUAGACAUGCAAGUUAGCAAAAAGAAAGGCAAGCCGAUGCCGCAUCCAUCAGAAGAUAAAGAUGUGUGUACGAAAGAUAGUACGUUUGAGCCAUACGCAAACGUAGUAUCCUCCCAAGAUAUCCACGACAAGGAAGAAAUUAAACACGUACAAGAAAAAAGUAAAGAUCAAUUACUCGUGGAUACGGAAAGUCCAAGACAACUGGAACAAUUAGAAACAAAAUCUCCUCCUUCGGAAAAAAAUACAAAAUCCAGAGAAACAAACAAAUAUAGUUCAGAGAACCUCGUUCCUGAUUUAGCAAAGAGCUCUAUCCGUUUACCAAGCUUUUUACAUUGCGCGCAACAAGAACUGUGUGUGAGCAUGGAGAGUGAGGGCCAAGAAAACGCGAGCUCUGCCAACGUUCUUUUACAAGAUCAUCUCAGUUCUGAUGAGUCCAAAAUGCAGCAAGAAAAUAGCGAAGAAACAAUAACCCACAAGAAAUCUCCGAGCAAAAGUGUCAUAGAACACAAUGAAUUUCAGAGGAAAAUACAUUGUCUAUCUGGUACUCUGCGGCGUAAUGGAGGCAACAAUACAAUUUUCGCUCGCAGGGUAGAAGUUAGUCCUGUUCAGUCUAAAGUUAGUCCUGCAUCAUCUAACAUUAGCCCUGCAAAGUCUAUAGUUAGUCCUACACAGUCUAAAAUUAAUCCUUCACCAUCUAACCCUAGUCCUGCACCAUCUAACGCCAACCGUGCACAGUUUAAAGUUAGUCCUGUUCAGUAUAAAUUCAGCCUUACACCAACUAAAGUUAUUACUACACCAUCUACCGUCAAUCCUGUUCAGUCUAAAAGCCAUACACCAUCUAAAGCAAGCUCUGAACCAUCUAAUGUUAGCCAUGCACUACCUAAAGUUAUCCCUUUACUAUCUCAAGUUAGCCCUGUGAAGUCUAAACAAAGCCACACACAUUCGAUAGCUAGCCCAAUACGACCCAACUCCUAUCAGAAAAUGCAAGCUGUCAUAUAUCCUCGUGAUGCCACACUUCUUAGCAAUUUGGAAUUAGCAGCUUGCAAUAGCAAAGAAAAACAAACUUCACCGGCUGAAUCAAAUCAAUGGAAACUGGACUCAACAACCAGGCCGGAAGUGAAUAAAUCGUUAAGUUUUAACAUUACAAACAUCGCGAGUGAUGGCAAUGCUAUGUUUACAUCACUAUCUAAUAUAACUUCCAGAGAUCCUGCGCCAUUGGAGGUACAAAUCAGUGAGGGGAGGGAAUCAGAUUUUCUUAUGCAUUGUCCAAGUAUGAGAGAACAAAAUACAGCGCCACAUUGUCCAAGUAUGAAAGAACAAAAUACAGCGCCACAUUGUCCAAGUAUGAAAGAACAAAAUACAGCGCCACAUUGUACAAGUAUGAAAGAACAAAAUACAGCGCCACAUUGUACAAGUAUGAAAGAACAAAAUACAACGCCACAUUGUCCAAGUAUGAAAGAACAAAAUACAACGCCACAUUGUCCAAGUAUGAAAGAACAAAAUACAGCGCCACAUUGUCCAAGUAUGAAAGAACAAAAUACAACGCCGCAUUGUCCAAGUAUGAGAGAACAAAAUACAGCGCCACUUGUUGUUUCUAGAACACCCAGCUCGGAUUUAUUAUCUCUGUUGGAAAAGGCUAAAGCAGUACUCAAAAGCCCGAAGUCUCGAGAUAUAAAGAAACAAAUGCCAACUUCUAAGACAAUUGUUCAGACACCAGCACAAAACUACUCUGCUCAGACAUCAAACGACAGCCUUUCAUGUAAGGUGGGUGUACUCGAUUCAAUUAAAAAAUCGAUACUAUCUCCUCCUCAAGAAGAAAUAAAUUUCGAUUCAGCUUCUAGUCGUGUAAUAGCAAAACAAUCUGUCAACGAAGACAAAUCUCAGAUUGCACUAGUUAUGUCAGAGAAAAAUGAAUUCGGUACUAAUAAAUUAACGGAUGACGCUAGCUACACGCUUCAGCAUAAAUCACAAGAAACAAACAAUGUCAGUAUCAGUUGGAAAGGCACAUCCAAAUUUCAAAAACGUUUGCAGAUCCUCAUUAAAAAAAACAAAGAAAUGGUAAAUACUAGCAUGGCGCAGACAGAGAAGAAAAUGUGCCAAAGAAAUCCUUUUCAAUCCUCAACAUUACUUUUAAGACAAAAAUCUUUUAGUAAUACAGAGCAUAUGAAAAGUGAAAAAAGGCUUAAUUGGAGACAGAAGUCCCUUGACCUAGCGAAACUUCGGCUAACCGGCGAUGUUGACAGCAAAUCAUAUGACAAGCCGCUGACCGAAAGACAAAAGAUAAUUAAGGCUUCCAUUUCAAGGCUUCAAAAGCCAAGCCAGUCUAGGCGUUUGGAAAAGUCCAAAUCACAGGCAAUAACUACUCAAAGCACAGCUAAAGAGAAAACAAUUUUACCUAAUGUCAAACCCAGUACCACUCGUUGUGACAGUGGCGUGAGUGAUCAACCUAAUGACCAACAUUUAUGUAAGCCAACGAUUGCUAACUCCAGCCGUGUCAACAUCAGCAAAAAAGUUACUCAUCAGAAUGAUAAUAAACAAUGUGUGAAAAGAAAGAGCAAUAAACAAGAUAAGCACAGUAUUAAGAAUUGCGGGGAAAGUUUUCUUAAUUGCAAGGAAGCCAAGUCAACAGAAAAUGAUAGGAUUCCAGAAAUGGUGGCCGUCAGAAUGACAGACGAGAAAUUCCAUCGAAAGCUCAAACCGUGCACAAAAAGGAACGUUUUUAAUUGCUCUAAGCUAAUCGGUCCUAAUAGCAAUUCUCGUUUUUUUCAGGUAGAAAACAGUCUUCAGGAACUGAUCAAUCGCAUCAAACGUCACAGUAAAAUACAGCUUCGCAAUGUCACCGAGACAAGCCAUAACCUUUCGUCGUAUCCUGAAGAUACAGCUCCAAGCCAUAACUUGUCGCCAUGCUCUGUAGAGACAGCUAUAAGCCAUAACAUUUCGCCUUGCCCUGUAGAGACAGCUAUAAGCCAUAACAUGUCGCCUUGUCCUGUAGAGACAGCUAUAAGCCAUAACAUGUCGCCUUGUCCUGGAGAGACAGCUAUAAGCCAUAACAUUUCGCCUUGCCCUGAAGAGACAGCUAUAAGUCAUAACAUUUCGCCUUGCCCUGUAGAGACAGCUAUAAGCCAUAACUUGUUGUGCCCUGAAGAGACAGCUAUAAGCCAUAACAUUUCGCCUUGCCCUGUAGAGACAGCUAUAAGCCAUAACAUAUCGCCUUGCCCUGAAGAGACAGCUAUAAGCCAUAACAUGUCGCCUUGUCCUGGAGAGACAGCUAUAAGCCAUAACAUGUCGCCUUGUCCUGGAGAGACAGCUAUAAGCCAUAACUUGUGUCCUGAAGAGACAGCUGUAAGUCAUAACAUGUCGCCUUGCCCUGAAGAGACAGCUAUAAGCCAUAACUUGUUGUGCCCUGAAGAGACAGCUAUAAGCCAUAACUUGUUGUGCCCUGAAGAGACAGCUAUAAGCCAUAACUUGUUGUGCCCUGAAGAGACAGCUAUAAGCCAUAACUUGUCGCCGUGCCUUAAAAAAUGUGUUCAAUUUAACAAAUGUCAUCCUUUCAUUGCGCAAAUGCACAAUAAAGAAGAACUUUUAACCCAAGCCGAAUGUAAAGAUCCAAACAAUCGAAUUUUAUUCAACAAACAAGAUAAAACACUAUCGGGCUCAAAAGUUACCUGCAUGUUAUCAAGUACAAACAGAGGUUAUGUCCAUCCAGGAUUCUCUGCCAGCGAUACCCAACUUGUCAUGACUCAAACAGCCUACACAGAUCAGCCAGUAUCGAAGAAAAGUCGGCCCGUUGACAGGCAAGUUCACGUUUUAGCCAUAAAAGAGACAUGUAACCACUGUGAAAAAGCAAGAUCACAACCUGAUGCGGUACAAAGUAAAACAACCUUCGAAUCUAACCAAAUACUUGCUCAAAGCUCUAGAAAUAAAGAAACACUCGACAGCUGUUCAAUAAAAAGAGCAUGUAUUUUAACAGGAAUGGCGGCAAAAAAUAACAGCGUUGAAGAUGAUUCUGCAAAUGAGACGUGUACUUUGACAUCGAGUCCUAAAGCAACACGUGUAAAAGAUUUGACUGAUAGCAAUAGAAAGAACACAACCGGCUUUUCAAACUGCGAUGUCGGAGAGAAUGAACCUGAACUGGUUUCUAAUGAGAAGAGCUUCCAACACGUCAGUCAGUCGCCCAUAUCUGGCUACUGUACAUUAGAGUCGGAGCCAAGCUUCUCACUUGUAGUUGGCGAUUACAAAGAUCGUUUGAAAAGCUCGCGCCAACAGGUAUUAGUACUUAAAGACUGGCUGGUUGAAGCAUGCAACAGAGAUGACAUCAAAGAUACUACAAAAGGACCUCGUGGUAUAUCUGCUUUCUCCAACGAAGCUGUUCUACAUACUGGUACCGACUCAAGUCUGUCCGAUGACUUGGCUGCACUGUUCAGAGUUGAUCCAACUAAUGGCGACAAACACCAAAUGGUGAAUAAAGAUCAUGCCAAAUCAGAAGAUUCGUCAAAAUCUAACUGUUUAUCUAACGAUGGAUGUGACAUAAAACUAGCCACUUCUAAACAAGCAAUUGGUCCAAGUGAUGAGUUUAAAAGAAAUAUUUUCAAAGAGUCCAAUGCAUGUCUGGUCAAUUAUUUUAUGAACAGUAGCGAAUUACAAAACAGUAAUAAGAAAGCAACACACGUGGUGACAAAAGAUAGAGAUGAAAUUUUGUAUCCAGUACUUCAUUCCCAAGAGGAUUAUAACAGGUUAAAAGAAUUAAAUGCUUCUGAUUCUCUUCAAAAUUUUCUAUCUAUACAUGACCAAACUAGGCCAUUCCCUCACGUUACUAACGCUCCGAUAGUGCUGGCUCAAUCCUCUACAGGACACGUGUCAUUAUCUAAGCAUGAUGUGUUGAUUCUAACCUCCAGUGUUCAGACAACAAUACAGGUCACAUCUUUCACCAAUGGCUCGAGUUCUAGAAGCAACUCGCACUUAACCUUUGAUGCUGAGGGCAAAACUAGCAGUGAGUACUCAGAUCAAGUUGUGGGUGCAUGUAAUCUAGCAGCCGACUUGCCUAUGUCAGAACAAAACUUAGACACCCAAGAAACAGAAUUGAAUCACAAUAUAUUGCCUCCUUUCCUGAUUGCCAGUACGUUACCUGGGACACAUCAAAUCUACAAGCCUUUAAAGACAUGGAGCGUAGAUCAACAUCAAAGUCAUGACCACUUGACGCCAUUGAAUUCAGAUUUACAAUUAAUUCACGAUUGUGGGAAUCCACUUAAUUCCCGUCAAAUAAAAACAAAUGACAGUCAAAUCAGUUUGUUUGAUCAACAUCAAGAGCAGAGCCAUUUAAAUACUGUAGAUAAACAUGUUGAUGCAAGUGGAAAAAAUGAGUUUGAUCAUGAUUUAGAAAGUAACUGUUUUAAGAAGGAAAGCAAACACGGGGCAAUGAAUAGACUACCUUGGUUACAGCAGAAUUGUGUCAAUACUGGUAUUACUAAUGGCCAGGGAGCUUUAAUUGACAUGAAUCAAGCACGUGAAACAUGUCAAAUGGCUAGUGGUUGUGACAGUAUUAAGAACGACAAGGGUCAACUAAACACUGGCAUUUCUCUAAAACAAUAUACCAAGACGCCUCUUACAACUCUGACCAACACUGCCCUCAAGCGUCACGCCACUUUUAUUGCCGGUGAUUCCGCCAUCACAUUAGAUAAUGGUAUAGACCUACCAAUUGCCACCCAGAGAAAUACAUACGUUGAAGAUGCUAAACAACAGGCAACACUUGGAGAUAAUGAAAAAAAGUCUAAAUUCCAAGUUAAUGAAGAAAACAUACAGGUUGAAAAUAAAGUACAACAGACUAAACUUAAAGAUACACAGCAAAAUAGUUCGUUAAGCUGUAUUCAAAGUAAGAUCAAAGUUGAAAAUGAGCAAAAAAAAAUGCAUCAAGAAGCUGAUCAGAGCAAUUUGCGUAAGGAAAACGACAUCAGUAAAUCAGAAACCCAACACAUUGUGGAGGACACCAAAAGUAUUAAAUCUGUGGUGCAUUUUGAUGGAACACUUUCUAACGAAAUUUCCCAGGAAACACUAAAACAUUCAAAGAAUACUGAAGCACGUAAUGGAACUUCAACUAGUGUAAAAAACUGUCUUGAGACUUUCAGUGAGUACGAGACUUCAGAUGAUUCUCUUAAUUGUAUGAAACGCGAACAGUUUCGUGAUAUUGAAAUCAGAAGGAUGAGUCAAAAUAAUCCAAGAAUAUAUAAAGAGCUCAAGGAUUCAUUGAUGAAAACAAGACAUAAUUUAAAACAGUUUCACAGUGGAAAUCUUAUUUUAAAUGAUAAAUUAAAGAACAGAAUUCAGUUGAAACGUGCCAUGUCGGAAAAUGUGUUAGACAAACAGAAGAUUGUAGACGGAGGAAGAAGUGUGGAGCAGGAAGUGAAAACAGAAGAUUUAGAGACUAUACUUAACACAGCCUUAACAAACAUUGACCUCCCUAAAGUAAAAAACCAAUCCGUUACAAAUACAUUAUUUCCUAGAAAGAAAAGCAGUUUUAGCAAAACAUUCCGUAAAGUUCGGCGAAUCCAAAGUUCUGUUAUGGAUCCUUCAUCAAACGAAAGUCAGCUGCAUAGAGAAAACAAUGGCAGUUUUCCCAAUCAAUUGGCCAACACAAAAAGCUUUUAUCAAGAUAUCCAUCUUGGACACUCUAACACAGGGGGUGAAAAGCGUCUUUCAAAGCUCGAGGAAUAUCUUCAAAAGAUCGAUGAUAAUGGGUGUUUUAACCCGCUUUUUAAUAAGGUUUCAAAAUCUUUGUCUAAGCCAUCAACUAUAGCGACUCAGUCAAGUGAGGAGGAAGAGAAGCUUCAAGCGGUGUUAGAAGAAGGUAGUCAUGUCAUUAAAAAUAAAUCUACACGCCGAAGAAAUCCCUCCAUCCAAUCCAGUAUCUUGUCCAAGUCAUCGGAUCAAAUUAAUAUCAAGUCCACCUCCCAUAUUUCAAAGAAGAAUGUGUGUAAAAUUCAAGUACAAAGCUCUGAAGCAAAACCUUUAAAUCACAAGUGUUUCGCUAAUUCUAGUUGCGAUUUACAAAGCAAUGCGCUUAAUGAGAAAUUAGGCGAAUAUAGCCACCGUGAGGGUCUUUUAUUGAAUGUUGAGAAUUUGAAGCAACCAAAAAAAACGAUAAUUAAAAAGUCCCCCCUUACUUCUUUGGUUUUACCUGAAACUAAUGACAUCAAAUUUAGUGAACAUGAACUUUAUAAUGAUUGCAUACAUUUAAACUUUUCAAAGAUAACAAAGAACGCAACAGAAAAAAAAGACGUAGAUCCAGAUAUUCGAAUAUCGGACAUGUUUUUGAGCCAGUCGGCAAUAGAUAAAAUUAACGCUGAAAAUGAUAUCACACUAACAGGUGAGGUAGAGAAACGAAUUCAUACGAGUCUGUCCUCAAGUAGUUCUAGUUCCAUCGUACUCAGCUGGGUAGGAAGCGAUCAUUUGGAAACAGAAGAAAUAUUUUUGAACUUCGAAUCAACAACCCCAAACUAUAAAGUUGCUUUAAUCCCAUGUCGACAUGAACAAAUUGAUAUGAUCAACGAUAAACAAUACAACGAUAAUACCAGGUCACAGACUAUAAAAACGGAUCACCUUUUCAAGCAAGAAAAUAAUUUAGAUGGAAAUACUGUCAACAUAGAAUUAGAUAAAGUAACAAAACAUUGUCACUCAAGUUUCAAUCUAAAGUCAACACAAGUCUCUUCGCCAGCUCGAGAUCAAGUCCAUUCAUGCUGUAAAGAAUCGGUUUUGUUUUAUCCUAAUAAAAACCACAAUAAGAAAUUUAAUAUGGACACAGCGAAAAACAUAAAGCAAAAACUAAUUUCGACGAGAGAAAACAAAGAAAGGGGAGCGGAUGCGGGGGAAGCAGGUGCAAACAAAAGCGGAAGCUCUCACGAGUACGUGAGUACUUUUAAUAUGAGUGGAUGUGGAACUCCAAUGGAACAGCAAUCUUAUUUUGAUGCUUUUUUCAAACAACCUCAAUGGAACCAGACAUUUAACAUAGCCCUGACUGCCGAAGAAGGAAAUCUGGAGCAAUCAAUGUGUCUAAAAAAUGCCAGCGUUCAUUCAGAUCACGACUGUAAAUGCAAUAUUGAUCAGUUAAGGAGAAAUUACACACACACAUCUUUGCCAACUAAGUCUUUUGACAAUCCUUUAAUUUCGGCCGGAACAAUUUCAAAUAUUGAACCUAGAUCUGAUAAAAAAGUACGAAGAACCCAAAUACGCAAACGCCAAAAACUUUUCUUACACAGAUCCACAUUAGAAAAAAAGUCUAAAGGUGUGACGAAGAUAGCUAGUGAAGAAACAAAACCUGAACCCUCAGAAGGCACAUUAAGAGGACAACCGUUAUGUCCAGAAACACAUAAACUUGCGUCUCUAAUUAACACAAAGAGCAACAAAGGGAACUUGUCUUUGGAACAGCAUUUACGGUCUACUUCUCAGUCUAAAAAAGCGUCGCUAGAAAUCCCGGUAGAAAAACAAAAACCGGAUAAAGAUUUUAACCGAGAGCCAAGUCAAUCCAACUCCAGCCAAGCUAGUUUGAACUGGUACAAGCCUCAGUCUCUGCCUUCUUCUACCUCGGUACACAACAAUCAAACACCAGCACGUGCACAGCAUGACAUCAUUAAUCACCAGUAUGUUUUAAGUAGGAUUCAAGAACUUGAAAGUAACAAAUCGCCGGAAACUAUUCACAAUUUUGCUACUACUCAUCCUACUCAAUUGAGAAAUGAACAACGACCUAUCAACAUAGAUAAAGCAACAAUAAAACUGAGAAAUGAGCAACAAACACUGAAGCUAGAAAAUAUGCCUCACCAUCUGCAAGAUGUGCCCUCGACUAUAGAUUCCCAGAUCAAUGCAUCCAAAGAAAAAAAUGCAAUAACAAAAUCACCUGUAAUUCCUACGCAAAAAGUUAGCCUUAUUGUAAAGAUGUUUGAGCAAAAGAAAGUAACAAUUUGACCAAAUACAUGACUUUUAUAUAGGGUCCGUCGAUACAUGGGAGGAGGAGCUAGGCGAGGGGGGGUUUACAUUUUAAAAUAGUUGUUAAAAAUGUAAUAAUAUGUUUUAAUAACGAAUAUUGACGAUAAUUAUUUUCUCAAUCAUUUCGAAGUUAAAAACGCAUGUAUUACAAAGCAAUGCACGGUGAGAAAUUGGGUGAAUAUAGUCACAAUGAGGGGCUUUUAUUGAAUGUUAAGGAUUUGAAGCAACCAAAAAAAGCUAAUAAAAAGCAAAAUCUACUACAAUGUACAAACAAAUUAAGCAAUCAGCUUUCUUGUAUAUUGUAAUCGCACUUUUAUUCCGUUCACUUGAUUACGCAGUGACAACAAUCCAUCACUUGAAAAUCUACAGCAACCUUUCAUAGGAAAAACAUGCUUAAACAAUAUCAAAUAAAAUAUUUUAAAACCAGCUGUCAGCUGUGAUCCCAUCAUGUCUUGUGCUUCUUUAAGAAUGAUAUUUACUCAAAUUUGAAUAAGAAGUAAAAAGCCGAUGGUAAUCUUUUUGGGCCUCGCUUUUUGUGACGAGGUGUGGCGGUAGAUAAGAAGGAAGGAGGGAGGAUCGGCCUUAAUGAAGUUGACAUUCUUUGUACAUGAUCCCAUAUGAUAUUGGGUCAUUAUCUGGCUUUCAAUACCAUU